UUUGAAAGAAAAAGCGGCUCUGAAUGUGAUGGUAGCUCGCCAAGAUUGAAUACAUCAAACUUAGAAGACACUGAUUCAUUCUCUAGAAAUAAGUUAGAUAAAUUAGGUGGUGAUUCAGCUGCGCAAAACAAGUUGACCACCCCAUUGAUUACUUUCUGCCGAAGGAUUAAAAGAAAAAAGGAUAUGGAUGAGCCUAAUAUACAAAGGAAAUCACUGCCUGUGGAAAAUAGCUGCUCAUUGAUAACCAAAUUGAAUAAUUCUGUUUGUACUAAUACCAGUUCUUAUGAAGAAACUUCCCCUGAAAACUGCUCAGUAGAUCAUGAAGCAGAUUUGAAGCACUCCAGAGAGAUCUUUGAUUUUAGAUAUGCUCAUGCUGGAUCUGCUGCCGCUGGAACUAAAAUUUUGAUGCAUGAAGAAGAGCAACUGCAUGAUGAGGAAAAGACAGGCAGUGACACCUUACAACAGGCUGGAAAAUUUCUUGGCCAGUGUGCUCAAAGUGCAAUGGAUGUUGAAGUUCUUUGCACAGAUCAUUUAAGAAAAAGUAGUGAUACUAGAGACUCCUCUUCUGAAGCUGUAACUCUAUGUAAACCAGGAAAAACCCAUGCAUUGAUAAGAGAUGAAGCUCAAGUUUUAUCAAGUGAUGAUCUUAAAGCAACAGAAACCCCUCAUUUAGGCAGAUCACUUAUUUGGACUUGUCUGUUAUCCCCCACUGAUUCAUGCGGCACUGUGGAAUGCAAUGUUGACUUAAACUUGAGUUCUCAGAAGCAACCUGACGUGGCUGCACCAAAAACUAUGUGGUCCUUGGAUUCUACUAGCAGAAAUAAUGCCACUGUAUUGCAUGAACUUUCUCCUCCAGAAAUGUUAGCUGCGAGAAUUGAAAGAGUAGAAACUCAUGCUUCACGGUUACACGAAGAUGCAUUUGAAUUUUUAAAGGUACUCUGGAUCCAUGUACCCAAAAGUUCCCUGCACUUCUGUGGUUAAGUGAGUUUUGUCAAGAGGAAUUGAUUUUGAAGUCCCAAAGUCAGAUAUUUUAGCACUGUAGCUAUGGUCUAGAAGAAUGUUAGAAGACUUGAUGUCUCUAUGGAAGAUGGGGAUUGAAGCUGCAGAGUGCAUAUAUGAUACUGCUCUGGCAACUUCACAAGCGAUCCUGAAGCAAUGUUCCCAUGAAAGUGAGAGUGUUUCAAUGUGCUUCUGCUUGAUACAGUGCUUUGUA